GCUCGGGUCACGGGACUGGGCUGCGCGCGGGGCCGGGGCUUGGGGCGAGCUGCCGGAGCGGAGCUGGUCAGAGGGUCGCGGGGUCUGGCCUCAAGGCGACGGCGGCAUGGCGGGAGGGUGGAAGCCUGGCAGGGCCGGCGCGAGGCGCAUCGGUGGUCCCCCGGGAGCCAGGUGUCCUGGAUUCGAGACCUAGUGCCUUCCUAACCCGAGAGGAGAGCCCGCACCUGCUUUCCUCCUUGGGCUUCAGCGCGCCCUUGCCCCAAACCAGGCCAACUGUGCAAUCCGUGGAUAGGCAGAAGAAUCUCUAGGAGAAGAUGACUGUGUUCUUUAAAACACUUCGAAAUCAUUGGAAGAAAACCACAGCUGGGCUCUGCCUACUGACAUGGGGAGGCCAUUGGCUCUAUGGAAAACACUGUGAUAACCUGCUAAGGAGAGCAGCAUGUCAAGAAGCUCAGGUGUUUGGCAAUCAACUCAUUCCUCCCAAUGCACAAGUGAAGAAGGCAACUGUCUUUCUCAAUCCUGCAGCUUGCAAAGGCAAAGCCAGGACUCUAUUUGAAAAAAAUGCUGCCCCAAUUUUACAUUUAUCUGGCAUGGAUGUGACUGUCGUUAAGACAGAUUAUGAGGGACAAGCAAAGAAACUCCUGGAGCUGAUGGAAAACACAGAUGUAAUCAUUGUUGCUGGGGGAGAUGGAACCCUACAGGAGGUUGUUACUGGAGUUCUUCGAAGAACAGAUGAGGCUACCUUCAGUAAGAUUCCCAUUGGAUUUAUCCCGCUGGGACAGACCAGUAGUUUGAGUCAUACCCUGUUUGCCGAAAGUGGAAACAAAGUCCAACAUAUUACAGAUGCUACACUUGCCAUUGUGAAGGGAGAGACUAUUCCACUUGAUGUCCUGCAGAUCAAGGGUGAAAAGGAGCAGCCCGUGUUUGCGAUGACUGGCCUUCGAUGGGGAUCCUUCAGGGAUGCUGGCGUCAAAGUUAGCAAGUACUGGUAUCUUGGGCCUCUCAAAACCAAAGCGGCCCACUUUUUCAGCACUCUUCAGGAGUGGCCUCAGACUCAUCAAGCCUCCAUCUCCUACAUGGGACCUACAGAGAGGCCUCCCAGUGAGCCAGCGGAGAGCCCCCCUCGGCCUUCUCUGUACAGGAGAAUCCUCCGCAGGCUGGCCUCGUACUGGGCACAGCCGCAGGAUGCCCACUCCCAAGAGGCGAGCCCAGAGGUCUGGAAAGAUGUAAAGCUGUCCACCAUCGAGCUGUCCAUCACCACCCGGGACAACCAACCUGAUCUGACAAGCAAAGAAGACUUUAUGAACAUCUGCAUUGAACCUGACACUGUCAGCAAAGGAGAUUUCAUAAUCAUAGGAAGUAGAAAGGUGAGAGAUCCCAAGCUGCACGCUGACCGCACUGAGUGUCUCCAAGCCAGCCGCUGCACCCUGCUGCUUCCCCAGGGCAGCAGGGGCUCUUUCAGCAUCGACAGUGAGGAGUAUGAGGCGAUGCCUGUGGAGGUGAAGCUGCUUCCCAGGAAGCUGCAGUUCUUCUGUGACCCCCGGAAGCGAGAGCAACUGCUGCAGAGCCCAGCCCAGUGAGCAGAGGCGAGGGCGUUCCCAGACUGCACUUCAGGCUAGCUGUGGGACCAAAAGGGAACAGAGGAUCCCAAGGGCAUUUUCAUGGCAAGUUACCCUGUCUUCCCCCAGCGGUGCUGUCCAAGUGUGCCCUGCCACCGUGUGCACAUGCUUCAUUUCCAUGUGACAGUCCAUCCCUCCUCCUGACUUUCCUCAGGCUGGGAACUUUGUUGCCUCCACAGUGGAGAGCAGGGUCCUGGGCCUGCUUAGGCUCCCCUACCCCCGCUGUGUCCUGUGACCGUCCUAGGGCUUCCCCAGCUUCUCUGCCCCUGCCGGGACUCCUUUCUGAGUGCUGCUGCUCUGAGUUUCGGUGCUUAUCUAGCUCUUGUUCCAGUUUUGUCCUCCAUCCAACAGCAAAUGUGAGGUUGUUUCAACUAUGGUUAAAAUAUUGUCAAAUAUUUUUUUUUAAAGCAAUGUUUUUUCAAUGUUUGUGUGCAUGAGAACCUUCCCGGUGCAAUGCAUGUCGAAAACUAAGGGGCCCGCACCAAACCCCUCAUCUGCCAUGGGGCCCAUGACUCUCCCCAGGGGAGUUUGAAAAGGGCCCCUCAACUUGAAGUGUUUUAAAGCAGAGCUCCACAAAUGCUGUCUUCCCAAAAAGUAUUGCGAAAAGUCAUGUAUUCUCACAUCUGUGUCUACAUCUUUCAUGGGAAGUUAAAUAGUUGCCAAUAUGUACUUUCUAAAGUUGUGUAAAUAUUGAUGUUUUAAAAUAAUCUGUUACGUCACCCUUCUAAACAUCCAGUGUAAACACCACAGCAAUUGGAAUCCUUCAUUCUUUAGUCAAAAAUUUUUUCUCCCUGUGGGUGUAUUUCCAUACUGCAUUCAGCAAAAGAAUCUGUUACUGUAAUUGUUAUGUAAUUGGAAAAAGUAUUAAUUUUUGAUAACUAAAAACAUGUUAGUAUGUUCUUUAUCCUAAUGAGUUCAUUUACUCAAUAUAUAUUUUGGAUGGGGGUUUCAACAUCAAUUAUAUUCCUUUUUUUGUUCUGAGCACUAAGUGAAUGGGAAGAGAAAGCAUUCUAACCAUGUCAUAUAGUUCUUUGAAUUCCUUUUGAAUUAAAUGGCAAAAAGCGCA